AUGUCUUCUCCAGACACAAACGCUUCUAAGAAGGAGCAUAAAAACAAAACUGUUACUCACAAACAAUCUCCAAUUCGUCAUAAAUCUCAUGCAGCUUCAGAAAAAUCUCCUGAAGAUAUGGGAAACACGGAUAAACAGAAAAAAGUAGCCGACAAUGUUCGUUCACGUCGUAAAUCUAUACCUGAUCAUUCAGCUACACAAAUCAAGGUUAAGAAUCUUGGUAAACUUCAAAAAUCGAUGACAGUUGACAAUUCUAAUGUUCAAGUGAAAAAGGCAACAAGUAGAAAAGUCGAUAGUCAGAGUCCAGAACGUAAACCUACCAUUGAUCAUUUAAAUGUGCAAGGAAAACCGACAACACAAAAGGCAACUGGAAAUCAUAGUCCAACUCGAAAAUUGGUUAGAGAGAAUUCGAAAUCACGACAAAAACCUCAUUCAGAUGAAAUUCCCAUGAAAAAGAAGCAGGUCAACAAAGUCGAACACAUAGAAAAUAUCAAAUCAGUCGCCGAAGCUUCCGAAGAGAGCAUUCAUGACAGUGACGACGGACCAGACGACUCAUAG